UCUCACUUGCACUACAGCAACUGCCCCGGAAGCUUUUUCUCCGGUCUGCUACGACUGGUAACUAACAGAGUGGAGCUUUCUGAGAUGGGACGAAUUCCAUGCUGCGAGAAAGACAACGUCAAAAGGGGUCAGUGGACCCCGGAGGAAGACCACAAGCUCUCUUCCUACAUUGCUCAACAUGGCACCCGCAACUGGCGUCUUAUACCCAAACAUGCUGGUUUACAGAGAUGUGGAAAGAGCUGCAGAUUACGGUGGACCAACUACCUCCGUCCUGACCUUAAGCACGGCCAAUUCUCGGAUGCAGAAGAGCAGACCAUCGUCACUCUGCAUUCAGUUCUGGGGAAUAGAUGGUCUGUGAUUGCAGCUCAGCUGCCUGGUCGCACCGAUAACGAUGUCAAAAACCAUUGGAAUACCAAGCUCAAAAAGAAGCUAUCAGGCAUGGGUAUCGAUCCCGUCACUCACAAGCCUUUCUCUCACCUCAUUACUGAGAUUGCCACCACUCUGGCUCCACCGCAAGUUCCCCACUUGGCAGAAGCAGCCUUAGGGUGUUUCAAGGAUGAGAUGCUCCACCUCCUCACCAAGAAACGUAUUGGCAGCUACCAAAUGCAGCAAAUAGGUUUAACACCAGUUAACACAGCAGCUACACAAGUUAAGCAUGAGGAUAGGGACGAAACCAUUGAGAAGAUUAAGUACGGAAUAUCAAGAGCCAUAAAGGACCCUGAAACUUCACCUACAAACAAGCCUUGGGACCCUGUUGUAGCAGGACCCGCAAAUUUUGCUGGAAGCUGCAAUGCAUUUGCUGCCCCAGAUUCCGGGUUUCAUUAUGGCCUUUCAUCCCUUGUCAAUGAAGGAAAUGGAUCUGCAUGGAACCAGAGCAUGUGCCCUGGAAGCAGUGCAACAGGAGACCGACAAUGCCAGCUGGAUGAGAAACUCGAAGAUGAAAAUGGUCAAGACUGGAAGGGUGGAAAAGAAAUGAGAGAUGGGGCCACCCUUUUCAAUUCAGACUGCGUUUUGUGGGAUUUACCAUCUGAAGAACUAAUGAGUCCAAUGGUCUAAGGAAGAGCACAGAAUGACCACCAACGGGCAAGAACAUCUUAUUCAUGUAAAAAUAAUAAUGUUCUCGAACUGACAAAGAUAUGUAAAUAAAUUCAUAAUAAAUUUGUCGAGGCAGUAGAGAACACUGCCCUAUGUUCCAAUAA